GAAAAAAAAUAAUUUGGAUAUUUCUAAAAUAAUAAUCAGAAAAAAAUUUACUAAUAUUAUGAUGACGACAGUGAUUAUUCAACGAUUAUCACGAAAUAUUGAGUUGAAUCAAUCGGAUACAAUCAAUAUUACUACUUAUAAUCAAUUAGUCUGUGAACAGUUACAUGAAGAAUUUAUUCAAUUACAAAAUAAAUCAUUAUUAUAUUGUCCACCAUAUCAUGAUGGUGCAACAUGUUGGCCACCGAUAUUAGCAGGAACCACAGUUCAAAUGCCAUGUCCAUCAAGUUAUGAAGGUCAAAUGUACAAUUCAAAUGAAAAUGCAAGUAAAGAAUGUUUAGAGCAUGGAAAUUGGUCUUCCAAAUCCAACUACAUAUCAUGUCUUCUAACAAAGGAUUCAUCAAAUUUGGAUUUAACUAUGGUAUUACGUUGUAUCUUUCUAACUGGAUAUUCACUAUCUUGUACGUGUUUAUGUUUGGCUUUGAUAAUUUUCUAUAUUUUCAAAUCAUUAAAAUGUAUGCGUAAUACAAUUCAUUCACAUUUAUUCAUUGCAUUAAUGAUUAAAGCAUUUGCAUGGUAUAUUUCAUAUAUCUUUGUGGAAUUCAUUGAUAUUAAACAAUUUAAUGAGAAUACAAAAUUAACAAUCAAUGUAAGUGUAGCAUGA